UAAAAUAUACCAGUAUCUUCUUACAAGGAUAAAAAAAAAAACUUAAUACUAUCAAAAAGGAGAAAAAACCCUAAAACAAUGGCGGCGAGGAAAUCAAAAAAGAACCAAGGAGUCCUAUCAAGGGUAUCAUCAACAAUCUCUGAAUCACCAAUCAUAUACAAAGGCAAACAAGCUGCUUCUGAUGCAGGUUUCGUCGCUAACAAGCUUCUAAGGAGCACAGGAAAGGCGGCGUGGAUCGCAGGAACCACUUUCUUGGUUCUGAUUGUCCCGUUGAUCAUCCAGAUGGACCGUGAGGCCCAGUACAAUGAGCUUGAGCUACAACAGGCUAGUUUGCUCGGCACUCCUCCUGCUGGUCUGCCUCAAAAAUGAUCCCCUUUUUAUUUUAAUAAAGGUACCCGCCCAACCAAGCAUAAGUUCAGCUGACACAACUAAAAGUCAGCUUGUUCAUCAUGAAAUAGAGAGGAUCACUUGGUAGGAAUGUUUCGUUUAUAUUAUGGAUUUAUUGUUUUGAAAAGAUGUUUUGUUGGAUUCUUUUUUUUUUCUUUCCCUCUUUCUAUGUCAUAUUAGUAUCAGUUCAAGAAUCGAGUGUAAUACAUGAGAUGAUUAUUCUAAAAUGGGUACAUGCUCACAGCAAUCAUAUAUUUUAGAACUUA